CUCUCACUCUCUCUCUCUCCCUCUCUGAAAUCGAUUUCAAGAGAGAUUUCGCUCUCUCUCUUGGUCGAUCAAGCGAUCGAUUGCAGUUUUUUUCCCGCCAACAUACCAUAUGUGUAGACUGACUAUCUAGUCCGUGCAAAAGGUGGGCCGCAUCAUGAUUAUUACCGGAUUAAAAAAUCAGGCGGAUCCAUCCAUCGAGCAGAACACAACAUCCAAAUCAACGGACAGCCAAUGGUAUGGCUUAAUGUACUGGUGUGGCCCACCCAAUGAGUGGAUUUACCCGAUUUUCAUUUCAGGUACUCAUCAUGGUGUGGCCCACCUUCUGACAGAUGGGAUAUUCUGCACGUCUGACAGGCGGGCGGGAACAAAAUAAUCCUGCUUCAAAUUUGCAAAUUUUGCCAAAACAAGUUAUUCCAUGGAUAUGGAGUUGGAUGGUUCGAGAUAUGAAGAUGGCGAGGUUGCUAGUCUUGAGAAUGGUUCUCCAGGCGAGGUAUAUAAAGAAGAGAAAAUGGAUGAUUUAGAAGAGAAAGGAGUCGACAUGGAGAACGAUCAUAAGCAUGAUAAUGGUGGCAGCUCAGUUACUAAAGACAAAGAGAAGUCAAGGGAGUCGGGAAAGCACAGGAGCAAGGAUAGAAAGAAGGGGAGACGAGAAGAGAAGGAUCACAAAAGCAAAGAUAGAGAAAGAUCGAAAGAAAGGAACAGGACCCAUGAUGCAUCAAAGGAAAAGGGGGAUAAAGAGCAAGAAUUGAGGGACAAAGAUCGCAUAUCAAGUAGGGAAAGAAGGAAGGAAGAGACAGAGGUACAUAAUAAGGACAAGGAAAGGAGUAGGGAUAAGACUCGGGAGAAAGACCACGACCGGGAUAAAUAUAAAGAUAAGGAUCGUGAAAGGGAUAAAGACCGUGAGAGGGAGCACGAGAGGGGGAAGGAUAGAGGGAAGGAGCGGGACAGGGAUAGAGAGUUGGAGAAGGAGCGUUCUUUGGAGUGGGAGUUUGAGCGUGGUAAGGAGCGGGCAAGAGAUAGGGAUAAAGACUACGAGAGGAAUAAAGGGCGGGAGAGGGAUCGUGAGAAGUCAGAUAAAGAGUGGGAGAGGGAGAGGGGGAAGGAGAAAGACCGUGAGAGGGAGAAGGAUAAGGACAGGGAAAGAGAGAAGGAGCGUGAUAGGGGUAAUGAGAGGGAAAGGGAGAAGGAGAAAGGUAAAGAUCGGGAUAGGGAGAGGGAGAAGGAAAGGGAUAAAGAUUGGGAUAGGUUGGAACGGGAAAAAGGUAAGGAGAAAACUAAGGAGAAGGAGAAAGAGAAGGAUAGAGAUAAGAAUUGGGAAAAAGAUCGAGAUAAAGAGAGGAGUAAAGAUAGAGAAAGGGAUAAAGUGAGUGGGAGGAACCAAGAUGAGGGUUAUGGGAAGGAGGUGGUAAGGGGCAAGGAAAGAGAAAAGGAUGAGAAGCUAAAAGUUGAUUACGGGGACAAUAGAGACAUCGCAGAGCAAGGGAAGGGAAUUCAAAACAACGAGGUUGACACCCAUGAUAGAGGUGGUACCAAGGAUCAAAAACUAAAGACUGAGCGGGCAUUUGAUGGGUCACACUCAUCAACCUCAGAGCUUCAAGGCCGCAUAACAAAAAUGAAAGAAGAAAGAUUGAAGAAAAAGACUGAAGGAGUUUCUGAGGUUUUAGCAUGGGUUAGUAAGAGUAGGAAGCUUGAGGAAAAAAUAAAUGCUGAAAAGGAAAAAGCUUUGCAUCUAUCAAAGGCUUUUGAGGAGCAGGAUAAGGUUGAUCAGGGAGACAGUGAAGAUGAGGAGGGGCCUCAGCACACAGGAAAGGAUCUUGCGGGGGUUAAAGUUCUUCAUGGGCUUGAUAAGGUACUUCAGGGUGGAGCAGUUGUUCUGACCCUCAAAGAUCAGAAUAUACUUGCUGAUGGUGACAUCAACGAAGAGAUUGACGUGCUUGAAAAUGUGGAGAUUGGCGAGCAGAAGCAGAGAGAUGGCGCUUACAGUGCUGCAAAGAAGAAAACGGGGAUAUACACGGACAAGUUUAAUGAUGAUCCUGGUUCUCAAAAGAGAAUGCUUCCACAGUAUGAUGAUCCCAUGGAGGAUGAGGGGGUAACACUGGAUGAAAGUGGACAAUUUACUGGAAAAGCAGAAAAGAAGCUAGAAGAGCUCCGUAAAAGGUUACAGGGUGCUUCCACGAGCACACAUUUUGAAGACCUCACCUCUUCUGGAAAGACCUCAUUGGAUUACUACACCCAUGAAGAAAUGCUUCAAUUUAAAAAGCCCAAAAAGAAGAAAUCCCUGCGGAAGAAAGAGAAGCUGGAUUUGGAUGCUCUCGAAGCAGAAGCCAUCUCUGCUGGAUUGGGUGUAGGGGAUCUUGGUUCUAGGAAUGAAGGGAAGAGACAGACUGCCAAAGAGGAACAAGAGAAAGCUGAUGCUGAAAUGAGGAGUAGUGCAUAUGAGGCAGCGUAUGCGAAAGCAGAGGAGGCAUCAAAAGCGCUCCGUCAUGAGCAGACUCUCACCAUCAAAGAUGAGGAAGAUGACAACCUUGUUUUUGGAGAUGUAGACGACGAUCUAUACAGGUCAGUGGAAAAGGCUAGAAAAUUAGCGCUUAAGAGGCAGGAUGAGACAGCAGCUUCUGUUCCUCAGGCAGUUGCGCUUUUAGCUAUUGCUGACAAUGAAACAGAAGAAAGCCAGAACCUCGUGUCUGGAGACCCACAAGAAAAGAGGCUUGUCUUCACCGAGAUGGAAGAAUUCGUGUCAAAAAUAAAGCUUGAUGAAGAUGUCCAUAAGCCUGAAACUGAAAAUGUUUUUGAGGAGGAAGAUGAUGCACCGAAAUCCUUUGACCAGGAGAAAGAUGAAGGUGGUGGUUGGAUGGAGGUAAAUGAAACUGCUGAUGAUGAAUUGCCUGUUAAUGAGGAGAAAGAGGACCUAGUUCCAGAUACCACUAUCCAUGAGCCUGCAGUUGGGAAAGGAUUAUCAGGUGCACUUCAGCUGCUUAAAGAGAGAGGAACACUCAAGGAGACUGUAGAUUGGGGUGGCAGAAACAUGGACAAGAAGAAGAGCAAACUUGUUGGUAUUUAUGAAAACGAUGGGCAGAAGGAGAUUCGAAUUGAGAGAACAGAUGAGUUUGGUCGGAUUAUGACCCCAAAGGAGGCGUUUCGGAUGAUUUCUCAUAAAUUUCAUGGCAAGGGUCCAGGAAAAAUGAAGCUAGAAAAGCGUAUGAAACAAUAUCAUGAAGAGUUGAAGUUGAAGCAGAUGAAGGCUUCUGACACACCAUCACAAUCAAUGGAGAGAAUGCGGGAAGCACAGGCUCGGCUAAAAACUCCUUAUCUUGUGCUCAGUGGACAUGUUAAACCAGGGCAAACCAGUGAUCCAAGAAGCGGUUUUGCUACUGUUGAGAAAGAUCAUCCUGGAAGCUUGACGCCCAUGCUUGGUGACAGGAAGGUAGAACAUUUCUUGGGUCUCAAACGCAAGGCCGAGCUGGGUGACAUGGGCCCUCCGAAGAAGCCGAAGACCUGAAUGCUACGCAGGGAAGGCUGUUAUGCUUGGGAUUCCAAAAAUGUUGCGUUGAGACUAUUUUAACCGGGCAAAAACUUCAUGAUCAGAACCCAAGGAAUCACUGACAUCGGGAUCGGUUUUCCGUUUUUGCUUACUGGUGUGGUAGUUUCUUGUAUGGUUUGGCCGGUGCAUUUGUGCGUUCUUCCCCCUUAAAUUUUUUUUCCUGUAAAGUUAUAAUGUGUUUCCAGGCUCUUUGAUUAGAUAAUGCAAAAAAUCAAAGGUCAAGUCUUAUUUGAACAGAUUCUCUUACAAUCCCUCAUGAAGAAAUUACUAAGCAUAUGUGAGCCUUCCCAAGGAUAUUAGUUGCA